UGAAACACAGCCAAAGAAGGCUUCCCCUUCUGACCGGCUGUCGUCCUUCUUCCUCUCGGUCACGCUGUCUUUAAGUCGCCGGGGCUCCGAGCUUCUGACAGAAAACGCCUGUAAUAAUGAAGAUCUGGGCGUCGGAGCACAUUUUCAACCACCCAUGGGAGACGGUGACCAAGGCAGCGAUGCAGAAGUACCCCAACCCGAUGAACCCCGGCGUGUUUGGUGUUGAUGUUCUGGACAGAAGUGUUGACUCAGAUGGACGGCUGCACAGCACCAGGCUCCUCAGCACAGAGUGGGGGCUUCCCGCCAUGGCCAAAUCUAUCAUCGGCGUAACGAGAACGUGCACCUACGUUCAGGAGCAUUCAGUCGUGGACCCCAACCAGAAGAUGUUUGAGCUGCAGUCAACAAACAUCUCCUUCACCAACCUUGUAUCUGUGGACGAGAAGUUGACGUACAAGCCGCAUCCAGACGACCCUGGAAAAACGGUGUUAACUCAGGAGGCGCUGAUCAGCGUAAAAGGUGUCAGUCUGAGCAGCUAUCUGGAGGGACUCAUGGCUAAGACCAUAUCUGUUAAUGCCAAUAAGGGCCGUGAGGCGAUGGAGUGGGUCAUCAGACGGUUGAACACAGAGAUCGAGGAGCUGGCGGCGACGGCUCGUGGCUCCAUGCGCGUUCCCAUGGCAGCUGCUGUCACAGAAAAAUGACCCCGAUGGUUUUUUUGUUUUUUUUCCUUCCUCUUUUUUUAAUUUAUUUUCUGCUUACUUCAGCACCAUUAACAGACAGACUCCAACAAUGUUCCUCUCAAAGGGGGCUCCCCUCCCCUCUGCCAAAACAGCCUAAAGCCCAGCGCCCCGUCCUCUGGUCCUACACGUGUCUGUGUGUAUCCCCCCCCCCCCAAGGAAUGGGCUCUGUUCUUCCUCAGCAGGUCUGCACCGACUGUUUCCACUCAUGUCCGUGGGUG